AUGCGUGCGAGUGAUUUCUCGUCAUCUUUGGAGAGCGAAACCGACUCAUCGUUGGUGUUCGAUGCAGACGCUGCGGUGCUUCGCGAGUUGGUAAACGCUUAUUUUUUUUUCCCAAGAAAAUGUUUGACCACCAUAAAAACACAACAGGAAGACCUCGAGCGCGAUGUUUGCGACGACGGAGAAGGCGCGCUCUUUUCAUCUUUUGCGUACUCGGAGGACGAGAGCGAAGAAGACUUGAGAACGACGGUCGACGAAGAAUUGCGCCUGUUUCGUGAGAAAUGGUCGACGGUGUUUGCAGCCGAAGAAAAGGAAGAAGACAAAGACAAAGAAGAAGAAGAAAUGUUGGAGCGAGAUCAUCAUCUGGUAUGCGACGAGAGGACGAAGAGAUCUUUCAUAAAAAGAACGGAUGAAGAAGUCGGUGUGAAAAACGAAGAGUGCGGGACAGUUGAUGCAACGGUGGCAGACGAGGGAACGACGGGUAAAUGUGACGACCAACAAAGCCUCGCGAGCGACGAGCUUUCCGCGCUCGGCGCGAUUGUGCGUAAAGAGCGCGAGGAGAGAGUGAAGCGAGAAGUGAUGAGCGCGUUGAGAAAGAACGAGCGAGAGUUGGAAUAUGUACGAGCAAAAGCGAGAAAUGACGCGCAAAGGGUGAUUGCAAAGCAUGCACGAAUAUGGUUUUAUCGGCGAACGGACGCGUCGUUGACGAUGCAACGACACGCGAGGGGUUUCUUGGCGAGAGUGCGACUCAAGCACAAAACGACGAUGGUCGUCCGAAUACAACGUCGAUGGAAGUUCGUACUCUUCGUGCGGUUGCGAACGGACGCGUGCGUGAUCGUUCAAACUGCAUUUCGUGCGCACAUAAGCAGGAAAAAACUCGAGAAGGAGAAAAUGGAAAACGCGGCGGCGACUCGCAUCCAAACGCACGUCAAACGACUCAUCGCGAUGCGCCGUUACGCCAUUCUCAAGCGAAAGAUUCGCACAGUCCAAGCGUGCGCCGCGCGAUGGAUACGCAAGCGCAAAAGAGCGAGUCAAAUAAUCCAAAAAUCCUUCCGCUCGUACGUCGAGACAAAACGACUCGGAAAAUACGCGACUCGCGUUCAAGCGGCGUUCCGAGGCUAUCGCGUGCGACGCCGUUUCGCCGCCAUCCUCGAUUCGAACGCGUACGGAGCAGACGACGAUGUACUCCCGACGCUUUCCGAGUACGACUCUGACACAGAGAACAACGCUUUCGUCGACAAAAACGACGACAAAGAAAACGAGAUAGAAAUGAUAUCCGACGACGCCUUCUACUUCGCCCGCCUCUCCGCUCCACUUCCGCGAAACGCCGAUAACGCUCGCCACGACGAACUCCACGCCGAUAUCCUCGCUCUGCGAACGAAACGCAUUCGCGACCAAAACAUGCAAACAAAAAUGAACGAAGCAAAUUUGCGCUCAUUAUACGAGACCAGGUUCAAAAAGAACGCGCAAAAUCGGAAAGAGUUUCGAAGGGUUCGAGCGCUCAGAAUGACGUGA